GGGCACACACAUUCUGAAGAGAGGUUAUUACAGAUCAGUCGGACUAGAGGAAAAACCUGUUCAGUAACUUUUAAACGGUUACCUAACACAGCUCACUCCAAGCACAGAAAAUAAGGAAGAGACAGAGAGGUUCCUAAAUAUUCCAGGAAAGUGCGGGGUACAGCAAUGCCAUGGGGGAAGCAUCUUUAGAGCAACAUGGCACACAGUCGGCAGUGCACCGCUAUCCCCUCACACAACCCCAAUAAAGUCCUAACGAUACAAGAGCAGACAUACUAUCAUGACACAGCUGCAUCGGUGUGGGAAGAUUCAGAUUUUUGGCCUUCAGUCAGCCUUGCUGGGCUGUUGUCUCUCAUUUUCGUUCUUGUAGCCCAUGUACUGGUCUUGGCUGGUGGUGCCCCUCUCAUCCCUUUUACAGGACAUGGCCCAUCCAUAAAUAGCUCACAUAUUCAUUUUCAGACCCUUCUUCCUAGUCAGCCAGCUGCUACCUGGAGGGCACUGGGCAUGAGCUUACAGUUAAGCGAAUUAGUAGAACAGACACCUAUAACCACUGUGAUAGCUGUUGCGAAAGAGGAUGCAAGCCGCACACUUAUCUGCUUCUCAUCAAGCCUCAUGUCUCUCCUCACACAACAACAUCAGGCUCAGAACUUGACCAAGAAGCUUCUGCAUGAUGAAACCUUAAAGAUCUCCAUAAGUAGCAGCAUUGCAAGAUCAUCUACAGCCUUCUACAUCAUGGUUGUAACUCAAAGGAACGAACAACUGCCCUAUGGCCUUAUAUUGGGUCCCCAACAUUCCGUAAAUAGAGAUGAACCACUAUGGAAGAUGACACUUUCUUUUCCAGAGAUAAAAAAUAUUGUGUCUAUGGACAGAGAAGCUUCUGCUAUAGCCACAGAGAUCUUGCAAAAUCUGUAUAAAUCAGAGAGGAUUCCACAGACAUAUAUAAAAAAGGGAACCGCAGGACACAGCAUCCCAGUGCUCCUUAUUCAAGCAGAUCCUUACCUGGAGAACGGGUUUGUUUGCUGACGGGUGCUGUAAAUUGAUAUUAACUUUUAAAAGCACCCACACUGAUAGAUAGAUAGAUGGCAUUUAACAUGGUGGGCCUAUUUUUACUAACAAGUUUAUCACGGUUGAGAAACCCAUCUCAAGUUCCUAUAAAAAUUGAAUUGUUACUCAGUCAAGUCAAUUAAUGUGUGAAUAACUCUAAAAUAGUUUACUUAAACAACAUAUGUGUCCACUUGAUUAUUUUUAUAUGUUUAGUGACAAACCCCAAUCAAAUCACACACAACAGGGUUCUGAUGCAUUAAAAUAUAUGCUUGGAAACAAACAAGCAUACUGUAUCUAAGAUAAAGUAAGUUCUCUACAUGAUGUUCAACACAUUGGAAGAACAAUUAUUGUAUAUAUGAUCAGCAGUGUUAUAUUACUUGAAAAGCACAGCAUUUAUAACCAAACUAUGCAUUUAGUUUGGGGUUUUCUAUGUCAAAAAUUUGAAUUAUGCGUGUAUAUUUUUUUUUACUUUUUUGUUAAAUAAAAUACCAUAUUUACUAUAUAAA